AUGCAGAACAAAAAUUCAUCUUAUUUUGUGGAGUGGAUACCAAAUAAUGUUAAAACAGCAGUAUGUGAUAUCCCACCACGCGGUCUAAAGAUGAGUGCCACGUUCAUUGGUAACUCCACAGCUAUUCAGGAAUUGUUCAAGCGCAUCGCCGAACAGUUUAACGCGAUGUUCCGGCGCAAGGCCUUCCUUCACUGGUACACGGGUGAAGGAAUGGACGAGAUGGAGUUCACAGAAGCGGAAAGUAACAUGAACGAUUUGGUGGCCGAGUAUCAGCAAUACCAGGAAGCGACGGCAGAUGAGGAGGGCGAGUACCUGGAUGGCGAAAAUGGCGAACAUGCCGGAAUGAACAAUCAAGAGGAGGUGGAGUACUGA